CGGGGCCGCAAGAGAAACAGUGCCCUCUCCCUUCUUGACCCCUGGCCCUUCCCUCCCUCUUUCCCUCUUGCCGCCUUUGCUUCUGGCGCUGUCGCUCCCGUAGGAGCUCCCGCCACCGUGAUGGGGUCUCGGGCCUCCACGUUACUGCGGGACGAAGAGCUCGAGGAGAUCAAGAAGGAGACUGGCUUUUCCCACAGUCAGAUCACACGCCUGUACAGCCGGUUCACCAGCCUGGACAAAGGGGAGAAUGGGACUCUCAGCCGGGAAGAUUUUCAGAGGAUUCCAGAACUUGCCAUCAACCCACUCGGGGACCGAAUCAUCAAUGCCUUCUUCUCAGAGGGAGAGGACCAGGUAAACUUCCGAGGAUUCAUGAGAACUUUGGCUCAUUUCCGACCCAUUGAGGACAAUGAAAAGAGCAAAGAUGUGAACGGACCUGAACCACUCAACAGCCGAAGCAACAAACUGCACUUUGCUUUUAGACUGUAUGAUUUGGAUAAAGAUGACAAGAUCUCCUGUGAUGAGCUGCUGCAGGUGCUGCGCAUGAUGGUUGGUGUGAAUAUCUCCGACGAGCAGCUGGGCAGCAUUGCAGACAGGACCAUCCAGGAGGCUGGCCAAGAUGGGGAGAGUGCCAUACCUUUUACAGAAUUUGUUAAGGUUUUGGAGAAGGUGGAUGUAGAACAGAAAAUGAGCAUCCGAUUUCUUCACUAAAGGACAGAGACCAAAUUAUUCUUGCUUUCUAGUAUUUAAGAACUGGAACUCCUGCCCUCCAGCCUCAUCCGUAUCCUGUCAUCCCCUCCCAGAAUACUACUGCUCUUGCAUGACACCCUGAGGUCUCUCCUGCUCACACAACUUGCCUUUGGUGUAUAAACAGGGCAUUGCAGAAUGGUACCCUCUGUCUGUUUCUGUCCAGUGUCCACCCAUCAGGUCUUUCUUUGUGCUACAUCUUCCCUUGUUUUGCUGCUGAGUGCCAUGCAUCCAUCCUGUCUGAGGAGAUGAGACAGGCACUCAUGUCAAGAAGCAGCCAGCAAAGCUCCCAUUGGAUGGGGACCAUAUCCGUGCUGCCUUCUCCUCUUCAUCAUCUUCGCCAUCGUGUUCCUAUGUUUGUGUCCU